AAGAGUUCAGAUACGUUAGCUUAAUCGAGCCACGUAUAUUUAGAUAGUCAUUGCUCCUUAGUUAUUUAUUGUUAUGCAGAGGCCAAAUUUUCGCCAUCCAUCUCAAGGAAUGGGUCCAAGGCCUGGGAUGUUCGGCAGUCCAACACCAGCUUUCGACAACAGGGCAGGGGGUAUGUUUACCUCACCGCCUUGGACAUUCCCAAACGCACCACCACCGCCGUUUGGGCCGAGAUUCGGGCAGUAUUGUGGUUCGCCAAAUACUCCACCGAGGGAAUUUGGUGGUAAUAGAGGCUAUGGCAAUAGUGGGAGCGGAGGCAAAGGAAGAUUUAAUAACAGCUUCUCGCCUGCUCACACACCGCGUAGACCAAAUACGAAUCCUCGCGGUACUCCUUCGUAUAAGAAAUCACCGUAUCACUCACAGAGUCAUGGACAACACGGUGGAUAUCAGGAUUCACCACGGACCUCCACUCCGUUUGGGUCGUCGCAUGGCAGGGAGAGGGUGGAAAAUGUGGAAAAGUUUUACAAACCAUCCAUGCUUCAAGAUCCCUGGGCUAACCUACAGCCCAUCUCAGUCGCAGACAAAUGCAGCUCACCACAAGCCCCAAAUACAGACAGGAAAGGGAGGUACUUCAACUAGUACUGAAUACGUUUUUUUUUAAAAUGCAGUCAUUUCAAAGGAAAAAAAAAAAAGCAAAUCAGCCAACAAUCUUUUGAAUUUAGAAGGACAAUGCUCGAGUGUAACGAGCCAACAGCCAGUAUUGUUUUAAAGUAGCAGAUCUGGUGGCACAAUGGACUGAGUCAUGCUUCACCAGCAAUAAUUUUUUGGCAUGGGACUUGUCACCCAGCAUAUCAUCUUAUCUGGCAUAGCAUAUUUAUACACAGAUGGGUGGAGGUAUUCAGUUUUCAUUUUUUUUUAUAUUUUGACUGACUGCAGUAUCAGGACAGUUGAUGCCAUACACAGUGGCGGAACAUACUGGGUUAUUAGUGUGAAUCUAGCCCACUCUGGUGGUGUUUGGCUAAACCUACUUGGUGAAAGCAGACGCACACCACAUGCUGGUGGAAGCACCAUGUAAAACUGGAGAUCUGGACAGAACAACUGUUUGCUCUGGUUUAUCAUCAGAAUUUCAGUGCAACAACCAGUAACUGGUUGAAACAGACACUUGCAGUUACACACUUAACAGUUUGUUUUUUGGUACAUAUUGUAAUUUUAUGAAACAUUUGUUUGUCAGGGUAUUUUUUUAUUUAAUUUUAUAAAAUUUUGAUAAAAGUUUCAACUAUGACAUUGUGAUUGUCUACAGCUAAAUUGUGGAUUUUUUCUCACAGAAACUCUAAAAAUCUAUGUGACAAACAAAAGAGCCAGUAUAGCCCUCAAAUGAUCCUCAAUUUUGUAAAUCAAUUCUGGCAAUACAUACUUCAUCAAAAUGAACAUACAUUCUCAGGAUUUGCUGUCUUUGUAAAUCAGUACAUUUUUUAAAAAGUUGUUUUUAUUCUGCGACUAUUCUGAAAUGUGUAGGUUGUAGACAUUUCUGUCAGUUCUUAUGCUGGUCAUUACUGGUUCACCGAGCAAUUUCCAAGGAGAUGAUGUCGUUGUAGAUUUUCUUAAAUAUGUUUGAAUAUAUGGGUAUAUUUGGUUAUGUCCAGAAAUGUAUAUUGCGGCUGGAUUUAACUUUUUGAAUUCACACUUUCAUUUACUAUAGAAGGAUACCCUUCA